AUGACAAAAUCGCAGCACCCAGACAAGAUCAACGGAUACUUCAAGUCCGAUAUCUCGCGCUCGGACCUUGGUGACUACUUGAUUUGUAGCGGACAAUCAGAUACUGCGUUUUUAAAUGACCUUGCCGACCUGCAAAAUAUCAAGCGCUUGCCAGGAGACAUCUCUAUGUUUGCACACGCGCUGUACAAGUACUACGAGGGUGACUUAGGAAAGGAAAAGGUCGAACUGGUCAGGGUCAAUGCCCACAAGGAGCUCGGCACACCUAUGCUCAACAGUAUGGAACUUAUCAGUUUGAAAAUGGCCGCUGGGAACGAGUUGGACCUCGAGAUCGCUGGAGGGUGCUCGCCGCAAAUAGAGCCAUGCAACCCUUUCUUGGUGCCUCCGCCUAUCACGACAUCGUCCUCUGCCCUAUCUCCGCGUAAUUCUACAGCACGCCCUGCAGUCUCUUCUAUCCUCAGCAAUGCAUCAUUAUCCACGAGCACAAGCAGUAUCUCAGGAGUCACGACCGCAAAGGAAUCCACGGGAGGGGUUCACGGUGCCGCUAAGGAUCACUGCCUGGUAGCAGGUUUUGAGGAUCACGCAUGCAACACGAUCCUUGUCGUGUACUUGCCUGUCAUGCACGAGAAGGGGGCCGAGUACCUACAUCGUAGGCUAAUCACAGAUAGAGGAAAGUUCGCUAGCGAUUAUCUUGAUGGUCCCUCCUUGUCCCCGACGGCCGUGCUGCGAGACCAAGUUCUUCACAUCCUUCUCGAGAUCUGCUAUGGCGAGAUCUCAGAGGCUUACCGGAAGGUCGACUUCCUUCUCGCAUUUGAGAGUAUUGAGCUGUCCAAUGUUGAGUUCAAGCUCCGGGACGCCUUGGACAAGGAGAUUGCGAUCCUUAAUCGCAAGAAUAUUCGCCUUGCCCACGCGUUGCAGGAAGCCCACGGCAGACACGGCGCCGGUGACGUGUCUGUGUAUAUGGCCGAUGUGAUAGCACUACGCUACCCUACUUCUAAGAGCAUGAAUGUUCUCAAGUAUGCACGGGCCUAUUGCGCGGUACUGGAGGAAUACGACCUUGAGUAUCUCAUCAGAAAACUGGCCAUUGACCGUGGUCAAUUAUUGUCGUCCCAUCCUCUAGAUGAAAACCUAACAAAGGCCGUGGUCACCAAGGAAAAGGUCCUUCGAGUAUUGGAGAAGCUGUAG